AAGACCACAGAAUGAUCAGGGCAUUGCUAGAUGUGCCUGUAUCCUCGAGGCCUGUAUCCUCCCUUUCCUCCUUGACUUUUGCAUGGCUAUGGUAAUCUGAAUGCUCGGUGUGUAUCAGUGGAACUUGACUGUGCACCUGCUAAAGCCAAGCACAAGCUGUUUUUCCACCUGGGCUUGUUAACUCAGAGCGCCCGGCCAGCUCCUCCAGUUGCUUUUCGAUCCAUAAAAAACCCCUGAGCACCGCAGCCCCGGCUCCAUUCGCACCGACGUUUCCUUCUCCUCCACUCCUCGUGGUCCCCUGAUGGGCACCGCCAUCACGCCGUCCCAUAGUUCCAGAGGUCCAGCAGCAGCAGCAGUAGGAGCAGCAGCAGCAGCAGCAGCAGCAGCAGCGUCACCGACGACAACCGCUUCCUAACAACAUCACCAUCCCUCCAUCACCAUGGAGAUGAAACAGUCCAUGAUGAUGAUGAUGAGCCGAGAGAACGGAGACGGAGAGAAGGAGAAGCCGGAGAAGCCGGAGGAGGGCUCGCAGCAGGAGAACGGUAUGCUCAUGGGGGGCAACGACGACAACAACACCGUGGACCAGAAAGCCGAGAAGGUCAACUCGGGUCCGCCGACUCAGGUCUCCAACGGGUACCCCAGCAGCACCUCUCCUCAGAGCCCCAGCGGGGGUGAGGGACACUGGGGAAGCGGGGGAGGACCGGGCCCCCUCAGGACCCUGGUGGUCCAGCAGACCAGCCUGGAGCCGCCACGCGAGACCUGGAGCAAGAAGAUGGACUUCCUGCUGUCCGUCAUCGGCUACGCGGUGGACCUGGGCAACGUCUGGAGGUUCCCCUACAUCUGCUACCAGAACGGAGGAGGUGCGUUCCUGCUGCCCUACCUGCUGAUGGCGGUGUUCGGGGGCGUGCCGCUGUUCUACAUGGAGCUGGCGCUGGGCCAGUUCCACCGCAGCGGCUGCAUCUCCAUAUGGAGGCACAUCUGCCCCAUCUUCAAAGGUAUAGGCUUUGCCAUCUGCAUCGUUGCGCUGUACAUUGCCUUCUACUACAACACAGUGAUGGCCUGGGCCCUCUACUACCUCCUAUCCUCCUUCCGCGCCACGCUGCCCUGGACCUCCUGCAAGAACUCCUGGAACACCGUCAACUGCACCCCCUACCUGUCCACCGACCUGAACGUCUCCUGGACCAACGCCUCCACCUCCCCCGCCGAGGAAUUCUAUACGAGGCAGGUUCUGCAGGUGCACCUCUCCCCUGGUCUCCACUCUCUGGGUUCGGUGAGCUGGCAGCUGGCCCUCUGCCUGCUCCUCAUCUUCACCGUCGUCUACUUCAGCAUCUGGAAGGGGGUCAAGACCUCAGGCAAGGUGGUGUGGGUGACGGCCACCUUCCCCUACCUGGUGCUGAUCAUCCUGCUGGUGAGGGGCGCCACUCUGCCGGGGGCCUGGAGGGGCGUGGUCUUCUACCUCAAGCCCAACUGGGAGAUGCUCCUGUGUCCCAGGGUGUGGAUCGACGCGGCUGCCCAGAUCUUCUUCUCCUUGGGCCCGGGCUUUGGAGUUCUUCUGGCCUUCGCCAGCUACAACCCCUUUCACAACAACUGUUACAAAGAUGCUCUGGUGACCAGCUCGGUGAACUGUCUGACCAGCUUCCUGUCGGGCUUCGUGAUCUUCACGGUGCUGGGCUACAUGGCGGAGAUGCGGGGCGAGAACGUGGACACGGUUGCCAAGGACACAGGGCCAAGUCUGCUGUUCAUCAUCUAUGCGGAGGCCAUCGCCAACAUGCCGGCCGCCACAUUCUUCUCUAUCAUCUUCUUCCUCAUGAUCAUCAUGCUGGGCCUAGACAGCACAUUUGCCGGUCUUGAAGGCGUGAUCACGGCUGUGUUGGAUGAGUUCCCCCACCUCCUGGCCAAGAGGAGAGAGUGGUUCGUCCUCGGCCUCGUCUGCGUCUGCUACCUGGGCGCCCUCUCCACACUGACAUACGGAGGAGCGUAUGUGGUGAAGCUGUUUGAGGAGUAUGCCACGGGGCCGGCCGUCAUCACCAUAGUCUUCCUGGAGGUCAUCGCUGUCUCCUGGUUUUACGGGACGUCUCGUUUCUGCAGUGACGUGCAGCUGAUGCUGGGCUUCGCCCCGGGGCUGUUCUGGAGGGUGUGCUGGGUGGCCAUCUGCCCCUGCUUCUUACUGUUCAUCAUCUACAACUUCCUGAGGUAUCCUCCUGACGUGUCUCUGUUCGACUACAAGUACCCCUUCUGGACCACGGUGCUGGGCUACUGCAUAGGGGUCUCCUCCUUCAUCUGCGUGCCUGCCUACAUGGUCUACAGCCUCAUCACCACCAAAGGGACCUUCAAGCAGCGGCUUCUGAAGUGCAUCACCCCAGAGGUGGGUGGAGGGAGCGGAGCGCCCCACAGAGAUAUGAUCAUCACCAACGCCGUCUGAGUGAAUGAGAGAGAGAAAGAGAUAGAGAGCAAGAGAGCGAGCGAGUGGGAGCAUACCGCCCCCUUCUGGACACGUGGCGCAACUGCUGUGGAAGAACAUGGAUUUGGGUUUGGGGUUUGGUUGGCUCGAUAUCGAGGGGGUUGUGGUGGCCCCUUUACCGUGCCCCCACCUCGGCCCCAAUGUCUGUCUGCACUCGUCUGCCCUACCCUCUCCAUUUCCAGUACCCGGCACCACUCCUUGGAGCAUGGGGGGAGGGCCAAGUUGAUGUUCUUCCACCAUGGGCUGAGAGGGAGGGAAGAGGUACCGCACCACACACAGCAGCUCCCACCGUCCUUUCCGUGUGACCGUGUUGUGAACUAGGUAGCACUGUCGCAUUCUGUUUUUUCGUCCACACGUUCACGUCACCUCAUAGUGGUUAAAAAAAAUCAACUUUUGAGUGAAUGUGACGACGUAUACGUAGCACAAUACAUGUCCAACAUGCCUCAACAUGAGUGGCACUUUUGUUUCUAAACGUUAUGUUUAAAAAAUAUGAAAUAUUUGAGAUGUUUCAGUUUGCAUAGCAGUGUUUUUUUUAAUGGUGAACGUGAGUGUACUGGGCCAUUGGUCAUAUACCAUGUUCAUAACUCUUUCACCUAUCACGCAGCCUCCUUCUGUCCUUACGAUGUAACAAGUUAUAAUCGUUUUUAUCACAAGAGAGAAAAAAAUCAGGUAACUUUUACUUUUCUAUACGAAACCAAAUAUUACGAUAUUUUGUUGCUAUAAAAUACAGGUAUGUCCAAAUGUUACUUUAACGAGCGCUGAUUGCUAAUGAGGGAAGCGCGGAAUAGUCCACACUAUGUCUGGCUUUAAGAUCGCGUUUAGCAUUAGCCUGUUUUUCCGAUUAAGUAGUCGGAAAACUGGCUUUAAAAAAAAGCCUCUCAGGCGAGUGUUUUAUUGUGAGCAUUGGUAAGCGUGAUUGUGUUUGUCUGUGUAUAUGGGUAUAUAUGCAGGCACAUAUCAUGACAGACCCUACUUUUGGACAGUGAUGUAAAACCUGGAUUCAUUAGUUAUUUACAAUCCAGCCCCAUAUAGGCCUACCUAUAUCAAGUUACCUGCUUUUACCUGCCCGAUUGAACCAGGCUACUGCUUGGUUGAAUGAUCACCUGGUUGAAUUGGCCAGGUGAACCCAGAUCAUCUGGAAUAUGUGGCACUGGAUUCAGAGGCGAUUCUAGUGUCGGUGGGGGCCCCAAGCAAAAACCCAAAUGAAUGAACAUUCGAAGCAAAUUGGCGCGAUUAUAGUUUAAAGUUUAGCUGUUUUUCACCAUCUAGUGGCUUGGGGGCCCCAAGCGACUGCCUGCCUUGCCUGGUGACAAAAUGCGCCUCUGACUGGACUGUAAAACGAAUGACUUCAGGUUGCCCAUCACUGAUUUUGGAUGACAUCAAUAUGAAGAUGCAUCCCUGUGCAGCCUGGCACAAACCCACGGCCAUCUAGCGUUAAAAAGCAUCAUGUGUAUCUUUGUAAGAUGUAUAUUUAUUAUUUCAAGAGAUGAUAUGUUGAGUUGCAUAUACUUUUAUGUAAUGCUGUUUAUUACAAGACAAUAUUUUAUUUUGCUUUUUUUCUGAUUCCAUUUUGUGGUUUCACACAUUUGUACAAAUUUUGGUGAACCCCCCGAAAAAAUCGUAUGAAUACAACUGUCAGACGUCGUCAUCAUGUUGGUAACUCUCAGAGGCCUUUGGAAUACCAUACAUGAAACAUUUUUAUUUUCAUUUUAUUUUCACAAUAAGAAAAAAAACCCUACAUCUUGUAUUUGAUCGGAAUGUAAUAUGUAAAGGAAUGUGCAAUUGUAGUUUGCAGAUUGUUGUGUAAUCAAAACUGUUAAACCCUUUCCACCUUUACUGAGUACUGAUCUCUGACGAAGAGGGAGAAGGUGUAAAGAUGCGUUUUUCAAGUGUGUGUGUGUGUGUGUGUAUGUGUGUGUGUGUGUGUUCACGUCUGAGUGUGUGUAUUUUGACAGCAUUACUGACUGUGGUUAUCUGUGUGUUGAUGAAAGAGAAAGAGAUAUAGAGUGUGUGUUACUGUCUGUGAGGCAGAUCGUGUGUGCGUGUGCGCGUGCGCGUGUGCGCGUGAGCGCCCGCGUGCGACUGCACGUGCAUGUGUGCAUGCGCGUGUGUAUGUGUGUGUGUGUGAGUGAGUGGGCGCAAAAAGACAAAAUUCUUGUUAGACUGUUAACCAUUGUUUGUGUGUGUGUUUAGGGAGGUUUGGAGGACUCCAGAGCCACGGUGUGUGUGUGUGUAGCCCUUGUCUGUGUGUGUGUGUCUGUGUGUGUGCGUGUGUGUGUGUACGUAUGUGUGCGUGUGUGUGUGAGCGCAUGUGUGUACGUAUGUAUGUGUGUGCAUGCUCGCUGGUGUGACUCUACUGUGCUUCUCUUCUCGUGCCUUGGCAUUGUGACACUCUCCUGUCCUGUCCAGGGGGAUCCACUGUUACUGCAGUAAAAGUUCAAGCCUUCUCUUGUACCUCUGAAACCUGUUGUCGACCUGUCGAUGUCCGUAAGAUUGUAUUGGAAUAAAAAAGUUAUAGAAUAAACCUCUAUAAAUAAAUAAAUAUAUAUAUAUAUAUAAAUAUCAAAUAAAAGAAAAGUAUAA